CCCCUAGCCGAGUCCCUCCUCCCCACCACCAUGGACUGCGAGUCCGCCUUCAACCAAGCCUUCUACUGCCAGUCCCUCGGCGGCCAGUGGAACAACAUCUACCGCUACGGCACCGUCCGCGCCUGCACCGAUCUCUGGGACGACCUCUGGUUCUGCAUGCGCGUAAAAGGCCAAGCCGCCGGCCCCGUCAAGGAGGAUCUGAUUCGCGAGCACUACCGCGCCAAGCUCCUCGCCCGGUACGGUCCGGGGAAGCCCAGCAGCGAGGACGUCUGGCGGGAGAGGACCGAGAGGGUCGCGCCCGGUGAGGCUUUCUCGGCUCCUGUGGAG